AUGUCACUGAUAAUAUCCAUAUUGCAUUUUGGAAGAGUUAUUUACGCCAAACCAAACAAUCUUGCUAAACCAAUGACGAUGGAUAAUGGUAAAUACAUUGUUUUGCCCGAGAUUCAACUCAAAUCAAUUGAAUUGUACAAUCCAAUCAAUGACGAAGAAAGGGUGUCAUCAAUUGAGUGUGUGGAAAUAGAUGGGGAUCAAAAAACUGAAAGAAAUCUUUAUGAUUCUACAGAAAGAAUGAAAACACAUUAUCAAGUGAUGCUAAUGGCAGUGACACCACCCGAUUCCUUGUUAUUGCUUAGUCGAGUAACAUUGUUUUUGAUUUGUGAUAAUUUAGCGGAAAUUGAAUAUUCCAAAGCAAUGAAAGAGUUGAAUGAUGCGUCGAUGAAGAAAAAGUUCAUGGCCAAAGGUCCAUCAUGUGUAUACGAUGCAUUAAAACAAACCGUAGAAUUCAUAGGAACAAAACGAAUAAGGAUGGAACUCAAAAAAAGAGCUUAUGUUACGCAACAGCACAUUGCAGAGUGUCCAAUAUUCCUAGAAGCUGACAAGUUAUAUUUGGAUGUUGGUAGACCAAGGAAAGGACAGUUCUUCUUCAGGGUAACUAUAGGUGGAAAGGUUAUUGAUGGACCAAAAGUAGAGUUUAGAGUUGGGAAUGAUAAUAAAGUAAGAAUAGUAGGCCUGAAAGAAUACGUACACAAAGCACCUAAAAGGAUUAAAACAAAUAAGACGAAUGUAAAAACAAAGACAGUGACAAAAGCAAAGACAGUGAUAAAACCAAGUAAAAAAGAAGUCAAGACACAGAGGAAAUUGUGGGUGUGGUUAUUAGCAGGAGGAAUAGUAUUGUUGAUACUGUUGAUAGCAGGGAUGUCAUUCAUGAGACGGUUAAAAUUAUCAAAGGCGAAUGAAGGUGCAAUAUAG